UCCCACAAUGCCAUCUAAGGCGUUAUUAGCCUUUUGGUUGGUUGUCGAUUCCUCGACUUCCCGCCGCUAAACGUGACUGACUGUUACCCACUGCACAGCGUAAACCAUGCCUAAGACUAAAGAAGUGCCAUCUUCCUCUUCUGGCAGUGAUUCAGACAGUGAUACAGAAAAAAAGGUCAAAAGAAAGAAGGCCAGCGCUCCUGACAAGCCUGCAAAAAAGCAAAAAAGCGGAGAGACCUCCAAACCAAGCGGCUCUGCUAAGAGUGACAUGAACAGUGAUGAUAACAUGUUCCAGAUUGGGAAGCUGAGAUACGUCAGCGUUAGGGAUUUCAAAGGCAAGGUAUUGAUUGACGUUCGAGAGUACUGGAUGGACCAAGCUGGUGAAAUGAAGCCUGGGAAAAAAGGCAUCUCGUUGAAUCCUGAGCAGUGGAAUCAGCUGAAGGAACAAAUGUCGGACAUCGAUGAUGCAAUUAAAAAAUUGUAAGAUCACAUGGUUGGUUGGUUCUUUUUAGAGUUCCAUACUUUGGUACAUGGGGACUUAACUAAAUGUUUCCUGUUUCAACUUGUACUAUAUGUAUGCUUUUGUUAUGUUAUUGUUAAUUUCCAACAGUCUGCUGUUAAAUUUUGAUGUGUGUACAUAAGUCUCGACUGGGUGAUUGUUAUUUUAAUAGUCUAAUAGCUGCAUUCUUCUCUUACUCUGCCUACACAAUAAAGGCUUUUUUGGUUUGCA